AUGCUGCCCCGCAGGACCUGGCUCAAGACGGCGGCCGACACCGCUCCUGCAGAGCAGGAAGCGGUGGCCGAGUGCGCGGAGCAGCUGCGCCGCAUCGGCGACAUGUGGCACCGGCGGCAGCGGCUCCUCAACCUGCUCGCGAAGCUGCUGUGCCCGGAGCGCUGAGCGGCGCGCG